CUUUGUUGACUGCCAGCAACCAUGUUCACAUUUCUCCACAUUUCUCUCCGCGCCCGGUGGCGGUGAUCAACUAACGUAUGAUUUUGCGUCCUCAUCGCCUGCUGUAAUAUCGAAGCGGGCAAUUGAAAACUCCUCUUCACAAUUGCAGGAUUAGGGGACCUGAACAAAAAGCUGCAAUGGCAGAUUGACAAGAGUCCGGGACACCUUUACAGAUGCAAGCUGACUGUGCUGUGCUAUUAAACUGUUGCAUAAAAAAUGGCUGCCGACACGAGAGAUUCCAUGUACGGGACCAAUAAAUCCAUCCUUGAGCGAGAAUCGUCCUUCUCACGACUGUCUACGGCCAUGGUUGGACGUGCCCACAAGCUAGAAGCCGCAGAACCGGUCAACGCUGGCUCGUGCAGAGCUCUCGUCGAGGAGGGCGACCCUGGUGCCAAGAUAAAGGCUACAGAGGUGUCUGCAAUAGCUGUUUCAACAGUGCCUUCGAACUGUCAACCAAAAGGUCGAGGGAUGCUUUGGGAGUGGAAGUCACUGAAAGAAUUGAAUGAACUCGACUGUGACCAACUGCAACAGCUGUGUGCUGAACUCGCCCUGCUUAUCAAACAGAUCUCAUUUGAGCUGGCACCAUUGCUCGAAGAGCACCACAAUCUUCAGGAAGAAGUGGAUGCCCGCAACGUAGUCAUUCAUCAGCUUCUGAAGCUCACCUGCAAGCAAGCCGAAUUCCCACACCGUCCCAUCCAGAUGUCGGUGAUAUUCCCGGACAAUAAGGCCGAGGCCCUCGUUUCGGACGCUGCCUCGGACAAUUGAAAUUCGACUGGUGCUGCCUGCUUUCGACUAUCAGGGAACAUGCUGGAGGUCUUGUGCCGUUGUAGCGUUUCUGCAGAGAAGCAACUUUGCUCGUAUCUUCAAAAGAGUGGGUGCGGCUUUCUCACUCGUUGAAGUACAGCGGCGUUACGUUUGCUAUUAAAAUAACUGCCCUUAAUUGCCCAGUUUUUUUUUAAUGUCUGCUAUGGUUUGAGCCACCAUGAGCAGGUUGUAUAUAGCCUAGGGAAAGAAUUUUGAGCACAUUAAAGGAAUCGCACUCAA